GGUUCAAGGUGGCUUAUGUAUCUUUAUUUUGCAUAUGGGUGUGUAAAGUUCUUCAACUGCUUACACAUUGGAAUUUGGCUGUCAAAUUGCCCUGUCUACUUUGAGUCCUGCCAGAUACAACUUGCGCCUGACAUCGGCUUGUACGAACGUGCUACAGAUGGAUCCCUGCAGACUGAAGACUGGGGUCUGAACAUGGAAAUUUGUGAUAUUAUUAAUGAGACUGAAGAAGGGCCAAAGGAUGCAAUCAGGGCUCUGAAAAAAAGGCUGAGUGGAAAUAAAAACUACCGGGAAGUGAUGCUUGCUUUAACGAUUUUGGAGACGUGUGUUAAGAACUGUGGUCAUCGUUUCCAUGUCCUUAUAGCCAACCGUGACUUUGUUGAUGGUGUAUUAGUAAAAAUUGUCUUGCCCAAGAAUAAUCCACCAGCCAUUGUGCAGGAUAAAGUCCUGGGACUUAUACAAGCUUGGGCUGAUGCUUUCAGAAGUAGUCCUGAUCUGACUGGAGUAGUUCAUAUUUAUGAAGAGUUGAAGAGAAAAGGGAUGGAGUUUCCAAUGGCAGACCUGGAUGCACUGUCUCCAAUUCACACACCAGGCAGAUGCGUUCCUGAGGUAGAUCCUGCAACGAACAAACCAAUGCCUCAGUCCCGACAGAAAAACACUUUGCCAGCCAGCAUACCAUCAGCACCGUCCACACUGACUGCCUAUACAGCCUCUCAAGGCCUUCCAGCUGGACCAAUCACUGCAAACGUUGAACAGCUUGCCAGGUUGCGCAGCGAGUUGGACGUUGUCCGUGGAAAUACCAAAGUUAUGUCCGAAAUGUUGACAGAAACAGUCCCUGGAGAGGAAAAUCAAUCGGACUUCGAGUUGCUGCAGGAACUAAAUCGUACAUGUCGAGCAAUGCAGCAACGAGUUGUAGAACUUCUUUCCAAUGUAACUAAUGAAGAGAUCACUGACGAACUUUUGCAUGUAAAUGAUGAACUCAAUAAUGUUUUUCUUCGAUAUGAAAGAUUUGAGCGAUGCCGAUCAGGACAUAAAAGUCAGGAAGUAAGAGAUGGUGUAUUGAAUGAAGUUACAGACACAGAUAAUCUAAUAGAUUUGGGCCCAGGGUCCCCUGCAGUUGUGAGCCCAAUGGUUGGAAAUAUGAGUGCUCCUACUUUGUCCUCACAGCUCACUGGGCUGGACCUGGGAGCAGACAGUGUUAGUGGCACUCUUAGCUCAUUGACCAACUGCAAUCUGGAUGCUCAAGAUUCAGCUAAUUUUGAUAUGUUUGCACAGAUCAGAAGCAGCUCUCAGGCUGAUCAGUGCAAAAAUGUAACAUACGAAGACUUGCAGCCAAUUGGAGGAUUGGGAGCUGCCAUUGAUCAACAAAAUGCAGGAGUGUUGAACCAUAGAGCUGACAACCCAGACAUCGAGCCUAUAGACAAGUGGCUCAUGACUCAAGGAAUGAUUCCUGUUGCACAGUCUGUUUUGGACGACGUUGAAGAAUGGCUCAGCACUGAUGUGAAGGGAGAUGAUGUAGAAGGAGGAGUAACGAGUGAAGCCGUAGAAAUAUUCGGUAAUGGUGGAGAGAUUAGAGCACCAACACGCUGCUCUGGUGGUUCUCCACAGGCUGUACUGUUGAUAAAGAGACUAAACAAAGUCAACACACUUUGUCAAAGGGAAGGAAAACUGACAGAAUUUGAUAAAUUUUUGGAAGAAAGAGCAAAAGCAGCAGAAAGAGUCCCAAACCUGCCUUCUGUCCUGAGUAGCAACUCCAAUUCUCCUCCAGUGUCUGCUGAAAGUGUAACAAAACCGGACCGUUCCAAGGAUACCCUCUGUGCUUUAUAAUGACGUGUGUGUGUGUGUGUGUGUGUGUGUGUGUGUGUGUGGUUCAUCUGUUGUUGGGCAGGGUGCUGCUGUACAGUUUGCUAUAGCUUCUCAAUGCGUGGCUCGUGAUGCACUCAAGUUUUAUGCAUCUCCAUUUAUUUCAGCUCCCCCAGUCAACUCAUACAUAAGCUGCCUUCGUAGUGGGCUCUUUGCAGUUUAAAACUGGCAGAUCUUUUAAACCACUGGGUUUUAGCAUUCUCCACAAUUUAAUGUAUUAUGCCCAUAUAUAGCUGGACUUGCAACAUUUCCCUGUAGUUCAUAUCUUAAAAAAUGAUUCAGUCGCACUGCCUCCUAGGUAAGAGUGCAGUUCAAGCCCAAAGGACCUACAUUCUGGUUAACCUGUAUCUUGCCAAAGGGAAUAGGAACAGCUGGCCAUUUUUGCAUAAUUACAAAAUGUUUAUUGUUAAAACGAUGACAGUUUGGCAAGUGUGCUCUCUUUUUAAAAAAAAAAAAAAAUUGAAUCUCUAAAUGAACUAGUUUCUCCGGCCAGAGUUCAGUUCUGUUGGACUAUAGCAUCUUUCACAUUGCAGUAGGCAUCAUAGGAGUUUUUCUGUAUUAUAAGGGACAUUAUAUUCUAAACUAUAUUUUAGUGAUGAAUAUGUUAAUUGUAUUAUAUGUAUAACACUAAAAUGUGUUGUAAUGAGAACUGUAUUGGAAAUAUACAUUAAAUGUAGGAUGAACCUUUAUGUCACUAAAAAAAAUACUUAUUAUUGCAGAAAUAACCAUGCACACUUGAUAUGAAGCAUAGUGGUUAAAAUGGCAAUUUUCUAGGCGUGUGUGAAGUUAUUUUAUUUUGGCUAAAUCCUGCUAAUUUGAUGUGUGAACAGUUUGGCCACAAGUGAGAGCAGUAUAUUUUUCCCCUCUAACCAUUGAUGAAAUAACUAAUCAAUCAUUAGAAGACAUGUCUAUAGUCUGAGACCAUAGGCCUAAAAUCAGGCCUGUGUAAAGCUUGAUAGUACAGAUUUGUGCUGAUUCUAAAUGUGCAUAAAUGGAUUAUAUACUAGUGAGAGAGAGAGUAUUCCAUCUGGUUCAUUCUGCUUUUGAAUCCUGGAGCCCUACUGCUGUAGCGUCUGUUUCUUGAAUGAUAGGGGAAAAGAAGGAUAACAUUCUAUCAGAAAGACCUUGCAAAUUUUAAUCUUUGUUUGCUGAAACUACCCUUUACCAUUUUGUAUCCUUACUGCUUUGUCCUGUUGUUGUACUGCAAAUUGCCUUUUUUGCCUUUUCUAUUUUCCUUUGAAUUGGGCAUUACCUUGUCUAUUUUCUGUGAAAUCCCCUCUUAUUUGCUUUUUGCAGGACUGAAGUGUCUGAGGAUUUUGCUGCUGCAGUACUAAGACCAGACCAGACCUUUCCCUUGAAUGAGUUAACCUUAAGGUGACUGACCUUGUAAUAAGAGCUGCAGGUCACGUAGUUAGAAGGUUGAAGUACUCAUUACGUAAUUUUGCUAUUGAUGUUGGUCAGUUUCAGCUUUCCGGUUUGUAUUAGAGUAACAGUACUUGAGAAAGAGGCUCAUGUGGUAUUAAAAGCUGAUGAUUACAUUCAUGUUUUAAGUAGUAGUUCAGUAAAAGUUAAUGAUUCGUAUGAAAUUUUUUUCCGACGUGUCCAAUGGAACUUUGGCUAAGUACCAACAAUGCAAUUAGAAAUUCUUUCCAAAAGUUGGGUUAUCUCUAUGGAGAGUUUCUUGAAUUGUAAACCAAAAGGUUGAGAUAAUUUUCAUUAGUGGUUGAGGCCUUAGACAUCCAGGCCCAUAGCGUUGGGAUUUUCUCAACCUGUGUGCCUCUUCCUUUCUUUCCUUUUUUUCCUUUCUCUCUUUUCUCUUUUUUCUUUUUUUUGUUUCUUUUCUGUCUCUUUCUUUCGUUCUUUCUUCUUGCGCACUCUCUCUACUAAACAAAAUAUUACGUUACCUGAAUUAAUAUAUUGUCUUUCAAUACUCCAAGGCAUACUUUCCUAAAUUGGAGGAGUUAUAUAAAUUCAAGUUUUUGUUGUUUAUUUUAAUCAGUACAAUAAUUUCUGUCAUUUGAAUGUAUUUUCUGAAAAAUUGGCAGAUUUUUAUUCUACAUUCCCUGUCUGAAUUUUAGGCCUUAUCCCUCCUUUUCUCCCCACUCACUGUCUGUCCUAAGUUCAGGUUGUUAGUGUAGAACCUUGUGUCCCUGGGUGCUUUUACAUUUUGUAUUUUCAUAGCUAAGACUGUGGGAGAGCAUGUAUGAAAUAAUUUGGUGCAAAUGCACUUGCAAACCUCAGAUGGCAACUGAGAAUGCAAGAUAGGUUUUACAUUCACCUUUUUUUUUUGUUUGUUCAGAGUAGGAUACUGAUCUGGCCCUCUCCACUGUCGUAUCCCCAGUCUCAUAUGGGUAAUGAGCAGUCCAUAAUUCAUGUUGUAGGUGACAGUACUGCAUUUAAUGUGAUUAAAUCAUUUUUAUCAGGAACCCGGUUUGCUAAAUGUUGUUUCAUGAUAACCUGUGGAAAUGUUAAAAUCUCAACUUUUCAAUGUUAUCAUUGUGAAAACUUAACCUCCUCCAAGCACUCAACAAUUCUACAUCCAUAACAAAAAUAGCAAAGAGCAGGUGCUAGACAUCCAAAGUACAGACACUCAACAGCUGGUCAGACAGCAUCUGCUGAGAGUGUUAACAUUCUGAUGAAAGAUCAUUGACCUUAAGUAUUGCCUCUAUUUAUCUCUCUGCACAUUAAUCCUAACCUACUGAAGGUUUCCAGCAUUUUCUGUUUUGAUUUGAGCUAUUUUAAAUACUGUAAUUAUUGUUUUACACAUUCUGAAGACCAAAAUAUUCUAUACUGCAAGCAUAUUUCAAAAAUCUAACAAUACAAAGUAGAAACAAAAUAACUCAGUGUCAUCUAUUGUGUGGAGGCCAUGUGGUGCAAUAAACAGCAACCGUGCAUCUGAGCCAGAAUCUCUGGGUUCAAGUCCCACCCCAGGAUAUGAUAGCCACAGCAUGUAUGCUCAUAACAUGGUCAAACAGGUUGAUCAACUCGAAUAUUCUUCUAAUAUGCCUGUGCCAGGCAAUAAGAAUAGUCAGCCAUGCUUGAUGCAGAGUGGCUGGAGCCCCUGGUGAUAGAUUAGCAACCAUAGAAACAAACAACCAUAUUAUAUUUGGAACAAAAACGAAGUUGCUGGAAAAGCUCAGCAAGUCUGGCAGCAACUGUGGAGGAGAAAACAGAGUUAACGUUUCGGGUCUGGUGACCCUUCCUCAGAACUCUACCCUCCGGACCUGAAAUGUUAACUCUGUUUUCUCCUCCACAGAUGCUGCCAGACCUGCUGAGCUUUUCCAGCAACUUGGUUUUUGUUCUUGGUUUUGACAGCAUCCGCAGUUCUCUUGGUUUUUAUUAACCAUACUAUAUUUGGUUGGCAUCAUUAAAUGUGGGAGAAUCUCCAAUUCAUCUAUUCCAUAAGCACCUUAAUAUAGGGCAGUUGUGUGAUGAGUAAGUGUCUAGCAUCCACUACAAUGAAAGCAUGUGUCUAUGGUUAGGUUUAUUAUCUGAAUGUUGUACAUUGCUAGGUUAUUGGUAGUUUUCUCUGCAAUGAGAUACAAAUCUAUAGAUCUUACUUUUCACAAGAGUUGCUAAGUUUAGUAACAAAAAUAAACACAUUUCUUUCCUCUAUUGGUCAGGGCUUAGACUUGUAUAAUCUGUUGUAAGACUGACAAAUUGUAGUUAUGUUUGACUUGCUGGACAUUGUAUGUUUAUCACAACAGAGAUACUAGUUUAUCACAACAGAGAUACUAGUUUUUCAGGUACUAGUUUGCUAUUAGACACUGCUUGUUAAAUUAGCACUGUGUUGAGCAGAAAUACAAAUUCUAAGGGGUGAUAUGUUUACUUGUAUUAAGCACCUUUUAUAAUGUAUUAGAAAAUUUGUAGGGAAGUUGUGGGAUUUGUUGCAGAGCUUUUCCCAAUUCAAUUGCCAAAGUAACAUUAAUGAGCUUUGCUGGUGAAGCUUUUGUUUGUUGCCUUUUAGACCCAUUUGGAUUCAGAUACAUGUUGUUCAGCUUUUUGUGCAUCUUGUUUUAUGUUUUGAGGCAUGUGGCUGAUUUUUCUUGUAGAAAAAAAUAGGUAGAGCUAAUUCAAAAGGAGGGAAACCCACAGUGAUGGUUUGAAUAUUCAGAUCUGUUCAACAAAGGCUUUGAAAACAUUAUGAUCAGUGCAGUUUCUUGCCUCCCAUCUCUCAGUUGAGCUGAGGGGUGAUUUAGAAUCUAACUUUAUUAUCUCCUUCCUUCCAAAUGAGUGGGAUAAAUUAAACUGGCUUGGCAUAUGGAAUCCCUGCAUUCACUUUGGUGCAAGUGCGCAUAAAGCUGCCUAGGAUCUUAAGGUGUCAAGUUGUUUGGUUUCCGACCCAUAGCCUCAUAUCACUAUUAAGUAUUUUUUGCAAUGGGGGAAAAAUAAACUGGAAGAAUAGCCCUGCAAAUCUACAUAAUUAUACCAUCCUGGAAGAAUAAUGUUAAAUGUGUAUAAAAGGUUAGUGACUGUUAAUACAGAUAUAAAUGUACAGUUCAAUGGAUUUAUUGUAAAAAGAUACUUCCAGUAACACAUUCUGAGACUUUGUCUAUUUAUCAAUGUGUGACUCGGUAGUAUAAGGUAUGUAUAAUUUGAUAAUCUGCCAAAUGUUUUAAUGUAAUAAAACUAAAAGUGUGUACGUGCAAUUAGCAGCAACGGAAUUGAGAUGUAACAUUUCUCUUGUCAAGUAGCAUGGUGCAUAAUAAUGCCACUCGUCUCAUUAAACCUCUUUUGGUCAAUGGUGUUUGGUAACACCUUUCUGACUAUCUCAGAUAUUGUGAUAAUUAUUAAUGACCUCAAGCAAACACAGUUAAUGUUGCCUCCUUGACAGUAGACUCCUCUAAGUGUUGCCACAUGCAUAGGAGCAGAAAGGUCCUUCUAAUUUGCAAAUCAUUUCAGUUGCAUGCUUGUUAAAAGACUAGGUUGAAAGUGUGAGCAUUUUAUAACAGUAAACUUUCAGCAAUCCUCAAGUGUUUAACAGUGAAUGCUCUAUACAAGCCUUUCAGCUUGGAAGACUGAUUAAAUAUGUUGGGGUUUUAUUUCAUUUUGUUCUGUUGAGAUACAUAUUUUGAGUUGGUAUCCUUUAUUAUGAAACUUACUGUAAAUUCACAAUUGCAAUUAAGGCACUUAUGCUGCAAAAUAACAAUUGGUUCUCUAUAAUAGCCAAAUGAUAUUAAAAGUUUAAAUAUACUGAAUUCCAACGGAGAAUGGAAUUCUCAGAUGCUGUCUUCAGUAUUAUCAUGUACUCCCACUGAAUCCAAUGCAGUUUAAACUCCGUCAACAUCAUCCUGCCAAACCAACCUUAACUUCAGAUUUAAGAAAAAAACCUGGCAGUGACCAUUAUGCAACACUACCCUUUUCCACCAAACCCCCUAAAAAUAGACACACACAGACUUCCCAAUCCCAUUUUAACCCAGUAGGCUACAAUUUAAGCCAUGUGCUUCACCACCUCCCUCCCUCCUAAAAACAAUAAAAAUUGAUCUUGUACGAUGACAGAUCAGACUUGAGGAGCCAAAUGACAGCUUUGUGCUCCUAUUUCUUCUUGUUGUUGUGUUCAUAAUAUAUCCCCAGUGGCAUUCAGUGCACACUUACUGCUUUCCAAAUGUGUAAUCCUAAUUUCAUUAAGAAGCUUAAACUGAGAUUUUUUUUGCAUGCAGUUUUACCCAUUUGGUUAUUUUAAUUCUACCUGAACAAUUUAGAUUGAAGUGGAAGUGCACAUCUGGAAAGGUCUGAUUAGGGACCUGUUGACACUUGACUUCUGCAAGGUUCAUCAAGCCUCCAAUUUUUUUUAAAAAGUAAAUUAUGUUAUCUUUCUUCAGCUUUCUCUUGGUGAAAAUGAGAUGGGGGAUGAAUUUUAGAAUUAACCUACAUUUUGAUUUGUUUCUUAUUUGUUAUAUGUAAGGUUAAUUAUUAUUAACUAAAUGGUAUGUUGGUACUGCGUGGAAUUGACUACUUUAUACAAGGCUUGUUAAAAAUAUAACCAACUCAAAAUUAUGCAGCUUAGCAGUAUGAUCCCUUUACUUAUAUUCGUAACACUACACAACCUCAAAGGCUGUAAGAGCUAAACCUCUGUUAAUCAGUCAGCACACGAGUAUGGUUAAUAUUUAUUUAUUAACUUUUUAGGUUUUGUUUCCAUAUAUAAGAAAAUGUUCCUUUAUAUGCUUGUCCAUAAAUUCUUAUUUCACUAAGUUGUGUUUCUGCAGACUUGUGAAUUAUGUCAUAAUGUGUUGCAGAUUGUAUGUGUGAUUUGUACUGAACUGUCACUACUGUUUAAAUUCUGUUGUGCUUGAUUCUUGCAUGUAAUGUUACAAAUAAAUGUGUACUGGUGUGUUGUUC